AUGGGCGCAGUUGCACAUCAUGCGGGUCAAAAAUGGGAGAAAAUGGACGGUGUACAGCGAGAGCCGUACGUUCAGCAGGCUCAGGCAGCGAACAAUGGAACAAACUCAGUUGGCAAGCUAAACAGUUUGGGAAUUCCAAUUGCUUUGCUCGACGAAAAAAUACGCGAAAAGGAAAGAAUGGCCUUACAGAUAAAGCAGCUCAUCGCCGAACGAGUGAAGAUAGCUGAGGCCGUAAAAGCUCUUGAAAAGGAAGAGUUUUACAUCAUUUCAAUGAUGUAUUUUGGAUGUACUCUAAAAGGCGCGUACCUCCCGGCUGAGCUGGGCAUGGUGAAAUAUAGUCUGCAGGACGGUGUAAUGGACAGGAAGCAUCUUUACAUCAAUAUAUAUCCAGAUAUCCCACUCGGAGCAGCAUACUCGGUUCAUUCUCAUACUAAGAAAACACACAAAUUACCCAUGCCACCAGACGCAUGGGGAAUAAGCUGCAAGGAUGAAAUAUCAAAUAUCAUACUAAGCUUUAUAGCAGCGAAAGAGAACAAUAUUCUGUUAUUCACCGAUGAGCUUACUUUACCAACAGUAGAAAGCAUGCUCCGGGAGAUAUUAAAGGGCCACAUCAAGGACGAUCAGAUGUACGUGUGUCCGCUGUCAGAGCUGUUUUUUAAUCUGAAACAAGCUUCGGAGCGGCACAUUAUGCCUAAAUCAACCUUCCCAUCUGCCCUAAUGGCACAGUAUAUACUGCAGAUGGAUUGCUUCGUCGCCACAGAAGGCAUCAGCUGUGAAUUUCACGACAGUGAAUAUAAUGUACAACACUGUGCCUUGUCGCAGGCCACUCGCUGGGCAUACACACUUUCUAAGCAUUGCUGCCUUGAUAUGGGCAUUGAUUGUAUCCCGGGUAAGCAUAUCCCAAGCAUAACGAAGGUUAAGGUGCAGCCUGAUAAGUCAGGUACUGAUGCUACGUCAGCAACACUACCUAAGCCAUUUGAAACAUCAUUGAAACAGGCAGAAGAACCAUCCUCAUCGACGGCUAAGUCACCAACUAUUGCAUUCACAAGCGUCGCUCCUGAAAGGACGGUGAGCUUGGAAAAGUAUAAUCGCUCGUUUGAUGAAAUUAAGGCAGCAACCCGGGAACAGGUUGAACAAAUGUGCAAUCGGACAGAAACCCCAUCUAGUUCUACAACGGGUCAGCCGAUUCCACCGAUAUCCUAUAACAACCGUAUGAUAAACCCAUCGAGCGAUCCGAAAAUAGUGGUGAAGCAGAAGAAGCUGGAAGAUAUAUGUACCGAUGCCAAGUCAGAAUUCGUCAAGUGCGUUACAACAUUGAUCAAUAACGUACAAGAACUUGUUCUAGCUGAUAAUGCACCGUCGGACCAGCCGCAGAAAGAUGACGUUAGUUCAAAUGCUUGA